GCAGUUGUAGCAGUUGUGCUUAUCCAGCGGACCAAGCAACAUCAUGAAGACUCUCGCAGUGGCCGUCGUGCUGUGCUCGCUCAUCGCCGUCGCUCUGGCCGGCGUUGUGGCUGAAGGUGGCUACGGCGGUGGCGUGGGCACCGGUGUGGGCGGCAGCGUGGUGCUCCUCAACUCCGGCGGCCAUGGCCACGGAAAAACUGUGCUGGGGCCUUCGUUCCUUGUCAAGACGGUUCACCAUGUGAACAAAGUCAGCUCUGGAGGCGCGUUGGUGGCACAUUCGGGUCUGAGCGGUACAAGUGCGAACGGCGGAUAUGGCAAUGGCGGCCUCGUCUACAUGCCCGUCUACGGUCUCGGCCUCGGAGGCUUGGGAGGUGUUGGAUCUCUCGGAGGCUAUGGCGGCUAUGGAGGCUAUGGUGGCUAUGGUGUCUACGGAGGCUAUGGAGGCUAUGGAGGCCACGGUGGAUGGUAGAACACACCACAACUUCGCCUUGCCAAAAACGAUGUUCCUCUUCAUUUCACAGAGCUCACUCUGAAUCACUGCAACUAUCGUCACGGAAGAGUAAACCACCACGCCCAGUACCUAUCAGUCUUGUUAAUGUUAAAAUAAUUUCUCUUUCCACGUAUACUGUUGCACUAUAAUAAUGAAAAAGAAACGGUGCGCUAAAGUCUUGCAGCAGAAAAUAAAAAAAGUGUGUCCAAGAAA